AUGAAUCUGGUCGACCUGUGGCUAUCCCGUUCCCUCUCCAUGUGUCUCCUCCUCCAGAGCUUUGUUCUGAUGAUACUGUGCUUUCAUUCCGCCAGUAUGUGUCCCAAAGGCUGCCUUUGCUCUUCCUCUGGAGGUUUAAAUGUCACCUGUAGCAAUGCAAAUCUCAAGGAAAUACCCAGAGAUCUCCCUCCUGAAACAGUUUUGCUGUAUCUGGACUCCAAUCAGAUCACAUCGAUCCCCAAUGAGAUUUUUAAGGACCUCCACCAACUGAGGGUUCUCAACCUGUCCAAAAACGGCAUCGAGUUUAUCGAUGAACAUGCGUUCAAGGGAGUAGCAGAAACCUUGCAGACCCUGGACCUCUCGGACAACAGGAUUCAAAGCGUGCACAAAAAUGCCUUCAAUAAUCUGAAGGCUAGGGCCAGAAUCGCCAAUAACCCUUGGCACUGUGACUGCACCCUCCAGCAAGUUCUGAGGAGCAUGGCGUCCAAUCACGAGACAGCACACAAUGUAAUUUGCAAGACCUCCGUGUUGGAUGAGCAUGCCGGGAGACCGUUCCUCAACGCUGCCAACGAUGCUGACCUUUGUAACCUCCCGAAAAAGACGACUGACUAUGCCAUGCUAGUCACCAUGUUUGGCUGGUUCACCAUGGUGAUCUCGUACGUGGUGUAUUACGUGCGGCAGAAUCAGGAGGACGCCCGGAGACACCUUGAAUACUUGAAAUCCCUGCCAAGCAGGCAAAAGAAAGCUGACGAGCCCGAUGACAUUAGCACUGUGGUAUAA